AGAGGUGAAUUUAAAUGUGUGCCAAAAAGAAAAAUAAAUAUUAAUUGUGUAACCUAUGUUAAAUGCUUAAACACAUUGAAUCGUAUAUUAGUUUAAUAUUAAAAUGAGUAGUUUGCAUUAAUUGCUAACGUGUCAUAUUACUUUUUAUGUUAUAUAAACUUUUAAAUAUAAAUAAGAACUAGAUAUAUAACAACUGGCAACAUCGAAUUCGUUUUUCUUCAAAUGACUGCUGUGUUGGAAAUAUUAGGUUGGUUUUCUUGAGGACGUGGACAUCAAAAAAGGUGAAAAAGUAGGUUGAUUCGUAGUAAAGCAACAGUUAUAACUAAGAAGUCAGUUUUAAAAGGCAUUUGCGAAAGUCAAGUGAUACUUUAGUGCAAGAAUAUACCUAUUAUUCAAUUAAAAAUGUCGAAAUCGUCAUCAAAAGGAGGUUUCACCAAGGAAGAAGAACUCCUGUUGCAAGAUUUUAGCCGAAAUGUUUCAACAAAAUCGUCAGCACUAUUUUACGGUAACGCAUUUAUUGUAUCUGCUGUGCCCAUUUGGUUGUUUUGGAGAAUUCACAUGAUGGACAUUUAUUCAUCUUUAAUACUCUUUAUUGGAGUAACAGCUGCCUCUACGUACCUUCUUGCAAUGGCUUAUAGAAAUACUAAAUUUACCUUGAAGCAUAAAAUAGCUAUAAAGAGAGAAGAAGCUGUUACCAGAGAUCUACUGAAGAAACUUUCUGAUGACAAGAAAAUGAGCAAAAAGGAGAAGGAUGAGAGAAUUUUGUGGCAGAAAAAUGAAGUUGCAGAUUUUGAAGCCACCACUUACUCAAUUUUCCAUAACAACGCACUGUUUUUAACAAUAGUUAUUUUAGCUAGUUUUUACUUUUUGAGAUCACUGACUCCAGCUGUUAACUAUACAUUAUCGAUAGGCACUGCUUCCGGGCUUUUAGCACUCUUAUCAACUGGAUCAAAUUAAAAUAGUUUUUAAUAAAUAUCAUUUUCAUUUUUAGUAGGUAUUUAUGACCAUUAAAUAGUUUUUGAAUGGCUGAUUUUUUGUAGAGCAUGAUUUUUUUGUAUGCAAUGUAAUAAUUUAUUUAAGAUUAUUUUCCAAAGCAUCUAUUUUUUUGUAUAAAAUAACAGUUGUAACAAAUAAAGUCUAAUUCCAAUGAA